GAAAAUCCGAAACAAAAUUCAAAGCGAAAUGAAUUUCUUUUGUGUCGCGAUCUCUGCCGUCAUUGUUGUGGGCGUCUCGUGCGCCCCCACCCCUCCCGCGCCCCCCAAAGCCGCCCUCAACGGCGACGUCGGCCUUCAGUUCCUCCAAACGCUGUCCGCAGACGACAAUCACGUGUUCUCUCCGCCGGCUUUGACUUCGCUUUUGGUUUGUCUGCUGAACGGCGCGAGCGGACAGACGGACAAAGAGUUGCGUUCUCUGAUUGGAUCCGACGACAAACUCUCGGAUUUGAAUCAACGAAUGAGAACUCUGUUCGCGUCUCUCAACCAAUCGCGAGACUUGUUUCCGGCCAACGAGUUGUUCGUGACGUCAGAGACGACACUCGAC